ACAUCAUCGGCAUUGACAUGUAACCAACCGUCUUCAACCAUAUUCAGUAAAUCUGAGCUCCAAGUUCAUCAAUGGCGGAAGCCAAUCUUCAACUCCAACCUGGAAGAAGACCAAUAAGAAGACCAAGCGGAGCCACACCCUCACGCACCCUUCUUCCUCUCCGCCGCUCCCCACACCUCUCCAACUCCAUUUCCUGCUGGUACUGUGACUUCAAGACCUCAGUCUUCAACGAUCCCCUCUUCCAUUUCGGUCGCAAACAUUUCAGGUGGUUGAGAGUAUGGUUUUCAAUUGGGAUGGGUUUCAGCCUGACCACUUUGAUUGGAGUUACAGUGAUUAUGUUAUUGGAAUCAGCUAAAGCUUUGAAUCUAUACAAUGGGAUCCCAUGGCUAAACAAUAUUCUAGAUGGAUCUAUCUUGGGAUUCUACUCUUCGGUUUUCAAAUAUAGCAUAUCAGUAGCUGAUAUUGGAUAUAUGUGUGUAUCUUCUAUCAUAUCUGUAUCCGUACAUGAACUUGGACACGCACUUGCUGCCACAAGUGAAGGCAUACCAAUUGAGUACACUGCCCUGUUUUUGGCCGUUCUAUUUCCAGGUGCUCUGGUUGCUUUUAAUCACGAUUCGCUGCAAAUUAUACCGCGCACAUCUACACUUAGAAUAUACUGUGCCGGAAUCUGGCAUAAUGCAGCCUUUUGUGUAAUUUGUGCGUUGACUGUGUUCCUGCUACCGUUCAUCUUAUAUCCGCUUUACUUCCAUGGUGAAAGCCUCAUGGUUUUGGGUGUUUCUGCUGAGUCACCGUUGUACGGUUACUUAUCUCCGGGUUACUUAAUUACCAAGUUAGAUGGCAAUCGCAUUCAUACUAGUAAAGAGUGGAUGGAAAUGGUUUAUUUGUUAGACAAACAAAUAUUUCGAAACGCAAAUCAUUAUAUCAGCAAUAAGGGGUACUGUGUGCCCAAUUUAGCGAUUGCAGAGAGCAAGAAUGCCGAAAUUGUAGACAACUGGUUCAAAUGUCUGAACGAUCUUACUUUAUUCACUACGAUUUCGUGUGUUGAUUCAAGUAUGGUAAAUUAUAUUAGCAGCAAUGAAACUGUUCAACUGAUGAUGGAGAAUGUGUAUUGUUUUCCUGCAAAAGGCGUGUUAGGCGAGAAAAAAUGUGGUAAUGGAUGGAAUACCGCUGUAAAAAACGAUACCAGAUGUUUAUGUACAGAGGAUGAGUCAUGCUCGACACCAGUCCAUAUGCCAGGUGUCUCAUGGGUUGAAAUUACAUUUUCAAGACCUUACUCUAGUGACUGUACGCAAGCCAGAAAUGAGAUGGGCUCGAGUUAUAAUAAGUCUUGGUCUGAGGAAAGCAAGUGUGGUGGGAGUUUUGUUUUUAUCGGUGACAUGAUCUCAAUGUCGCGUUCUAUUUGGUUAACAGAAUAUCAACCGCGUUGGUCGUAUGGUUUAGCGUACUUCCCAGAUUUAGUGGAAAAGCUGUUGGUAAACUGUUUUCAUGUCUCAUUGAUGCUGGCUCUACUCAAUAGCUUGCCUGUGUAUUAUCUUGAUGGGGAAUCAAUCUUAGAGGUGGCUCUUUGCUGCUAUGGUUCACUCACCCCAACAAUAAGAGACGCAAUUCUUCGGUUGUCAUUAUUAGCAGGAACCGUUAUUUGUUGUCUUUUGUUUUUAAGGAUUUUAUUGUCUGUUAUUUCAUAAACCUCUUGUUAGAAGUAAGUUGUCGUUUUAUGUGAGCAACCGGCACUUGUUCUUUAUAUUGCAUGAAUGAGCUUUUCUUAGA